AUUUUCUCCUGACCCAGUCAUGUUGCAGGGCAAAUCGCUGGUUGCUUACAUCUUUGCACGUGAUCUGCUCUCAGGCCUGGCCUCUUCCAAGAGGUGCUUGUGCGAUUGAGUGUUUCCUUCUACUAUCACUUGGGACUUGCGGAAGGUUCUUCAGUAUCUUCAUGUGAGUCAUCAGUAAAAGUGAGAGACAGGGGCGGCCCACGAAGAGCUCUGUGGAAACCUCCCUCCAUGUGGACAGUAAUCCCCUAAUCCUCGGCUUUUUUGAACUGUGGCGUGCAUACAGAUGACCUGGGGCUUUGGCUAAAAUGCAGGUUCUGAUUCAGUAGUUCCGCGUGCAGCCUGAGAUUCCAUCUUUCUAACAAGUUGCCAGGUGAUGCUGAUGCUUGCGCGUUGAUCAGGUCAUACUUUGACUAGUGAGGCCCAGUUUUGGGGAAGAGUUGAUGAGAAAAAAAUCCUUCUGCGUUUGGAUAGCUGUGCUGUGCCCAUCAGAUCCCUGGGAAGAUACUCUCUAUUUCAGAUUCUCGAUCCCUUAUUCAGAGGUUCCUCUCCUACCUCACUAAGUAAAUGAAGAAAACAACAGUGGUACUGUUUUGCCCUCUUGCCAGUGGACUGGACUGCAACUGCAGAGGCAAUAACAACUGAACCUUUAAAGAUGCAUGCGGGGCUGCGCAAAGAGAAGAGAGAAAUUGGAGAAACCAAUGAAGUGAGGAAAAGGUUUAACAGGGAAAACCUGCUUUCUGCCAACCACUGAAGAAGCCCUCGGAAGCUGUUCCUUUGGGCCUCAUGGAGCAGCUGGAAGCCAUGCUGUGAGACCCCUGGCAGGAGGAGCUGUCACCCACCGAUCACUCAGCACGACGGUCGUCAUGGCCAGCAAGAGGAAGUCCACCACCCCGUGCAUGAUCCCCGUGAAGACUGUGGUGCUGCCCGGCUCCAGCGCAGAGGCCCCGCCUGCCGAGCCUGGGCCCGAGGGGCCCCCCCAGGAGCCACCCCCAGAAGUGCCCACCACCAGCACCGAGGCCACCCAGAGCGCCAGUGGUCCUGACAUCCCCUUGCUGGCCAACGGGCACCGGAGCACCUUGGAUGGCUACGCGUUUGCCUGUAAAUACUGUGACUUCAGAUCCCAGGACAUAACCCAGUUUGUGGGACAUCUGAGCUCAGAGCACACAGACUUUAACAAAGACCCAAGUUUUGUAUGCACUGAAUGCAGCUUUCUGGCAAAAACUCCCGAGGGGCUUUCUCUGCACAACGCCAAGUGUCACUCGGGAGAAGCCAGCUUUGUGUGGAACGUGGCCAAGCCAGACAAUCACGUGGUCGUGGAGCAGAGUGUCCCUGAGGGUGCCAGCCCUCCCGACCCGUCGGGGGAGCCAAACGUGGAGGGGACGGAUGGACAGGCAGAAAUCAUCAUCACCAAGACUCCAAUCAUGAAGAUAAUGAAAGGCAAAGCCGAGGCCAAAAAGAUCCACACGCUCAAGGAGAAUGUGCCCAACCAGCCCACCGGGGAGGCCUUACCAAACCCUCCAGCUGGGGACACAGAGGUGAAAGAGGGGGACCAUGCCUUUGUCAACGGGGUGGCCCCCGCCAGCCAGGCCUCAACCAACCCCGCAAAGCCCCCCCACUCGGCCAACGGGCCCCUGCUGGGCACGGUGCCGGUGCUGCCUGCGGGCAUCGCCCAGCUCCUCUCCCUGCAGCAGCCGCCCCCGCAGGCCCAGCAGCCCCUGCCCACCGCCAGGUCCCUCCCCAAAGUGAUGAUCCCGCUGAGCAGCAUUCCCACCUACAAUGCGGCCAUGGACUCCAACAGCUUUCUGAAGAACUCCUUCCACAAGUUCCCCUACCCGACCAAAGCCGAGCUCUGCUAUUUGACUGUGGUCACCAAGUACCCGGAGGAACAGCUCAAGAUCUGGUUCACUGCCCAGAGGCUGAAGCAGGGCAUCAGCUGGUCCCCAGAGGAGAUUGAGGACGCCCGGAAAAAGAUGUUCAACACCGUCAUCCAGUCAGUGCCCCAGCCCACCAUCACAGUCCUCAACACGCCCCUGGUUGCCAGCAGCGGCAACGUCCAGCACCUCAUCCAGGCCGCUCUGCCCGGGCACGUGGUGGGGCAGCCAGAGGGUGCAGCGGGGGGACUUCUGGUCACUCAGCCUCUGAUGGCCAACGGGCUGCAGGCCCCCAGCUCCUCUCUACCCCUGGCAGUUACCUCUGUCCCCAAGCCGCCCACUGUUGCGCCCAUUAACACCGUGUGUUCAAAUACAACAUCGGCUGUGAAGGUGGUGAACGCCGCCCAGUCCCUCCUCACGGCCUGCCCCAGCAUCACCUCCCAAGCCUUCCUUGAUGCCAGCAUCUACAAAAACAAGAAGUCUCACGAACAGCUGUCAGCUCUGAAAGGGAGCUUCUGUCGGAACCAGUUCCCAGGGCAGAGCGAAGUGGAGCAUCUGACCAAAGUGACGGGUCUCAGCACCCGGGAGGUGCGCAAGUGGUUCAGCGACCGCAGGUACCAUUGCCGGAACCUCAAGGGCUCCAGGGCCGGGCUGCCUGGAGAGCACGGCACCCUGCUUGUCGACCCUGUGCCCGAGGCACCCUUCUCCCCGUCGUGCAAGGCCCCCGAGGUGACCUGCCUCCCCACGGCAGCCACCCUGGCCACCCCCUCUUCUGCCAAGCGACAGUCCUGGCACCAGACCCCCGACUUCACACCAACCAAAUACAAGGAGCGGGCCCCCGAGCAGCUGAGAGCCCUGGAGAGCAGUUUUGCACAAAACCCCCUUCCCCUGGACGAGGAGCUGGACCGCCUGAGGACCGAGACCAAAAUGACCCGCAGGGAGAUUGACGGCUGGUUUUCAGAGAGACGGAAAAAAGUGAGUGCCGAGGAGGCCAAGAAGGCCGAGGAGGGGGCUUCUCCAGGGGAGGAGGAGGCCGCUGAGGAUGAAGGGGAGGAGGGCUUGGCAGGGGAAAACGGCUCCCCAGAAGCGCCCGGCAGCCACGUGCUGGCCGAACGCAAAGUCAGCCCCAUCAAAAUCAACCUCAAGAACCUGCGGGUGACGGAGGCCAACGGCAGGGGCGAGCUCGUGGGGCUGGGCGCCUGCGAGCCUGAGGACGAGGCGCCCGGCAAGCCGGCGGAGCAGCCGCCAGGCAAGGCAGGCUACAAGAAGACAGCCCAGCAGCGGCACCUGCUGCGGCGGCUGUUCGUGCAGACGCAGUGGCCCAGCACGCAGGACUACGACUCCAUCAUGGCGCAGACGGGCCUGCCGCGGCCCGAGGUGGUGCGCUGGUUUGGGGACAGCCGGUACGCCCUGAAGAACGGCCAGCUCAAGUGGUACGAAGACUACAAGAGGGGCAACUUCCCUCCCGGGCUGCUAGUCAUCGCGCCCGGCACCCGGGAGCUGCUGCAGGGCUACUACGCGGCUCACAAGAUGCUCUACGAGCAGGACCUGCAGAGCCUCUGCGACAAGACCCAGAUGAGCGCCCAGCAGGUCAAGCAGUGGUUUGCCGAGAAGAUGGGCGAGGAGACCCGGGCUGUGGCCGACGCGGGCAGCGAGGGCCAGGGCCCCUGCGCCGGCGGCCCUGCAGCCCUUCACAAAGGGCUGGGUGACGUCUUUGUGGAGGCGUCGGAAAACAGCGAGUCACGGGAGCCCAGCGCCCCGGAGGCCAGCGCAGAGCCCUUUGACACGCAGACUCCCCAGGCCGGACCUCAGCUGGAAACAGACUGAACAGGAACUGAUGGCUGUGAAGGACCGGCCAGCCUUGGGAGGCCACCACCGCUUGGAAGGGCCCAGUCCCUCUCUGCUGCCACAGGCCGAGGCUGCACCGGCCCCCAGCCUGCACAGGCCUCCAUGUGGCCAAGCCCGCCACCACCUGUGAGCGGGGAGACGCGUCUGCCAGUUCUGCCCACAAUGUAGGACCUCUCCUUUGCCUUCCAGUGAAUAAAUAGUUCAGGUUUCAUAUUCAUAGACACAGAAUCAAGUUUUUAACAUAUAAAUCUGCCUAUACACGUUUAAUAAAACGUCAGAUUGCAGACACUUUUAUUACAUAGAAACUCUGGUUAGCAGUCCAUGGUCUUUUACAUCAUCUCUGGAAAUGCCCUGUGUCUGUUCUCUGAAGACUGCUGGGCCACGCAUGCCUACACCUCCCACGGUCGGGCUGGGGUCACCACACCUGCAACUGCAGGCCUCCUUUGCAGUCCUCGAGGAAGGCAGCGCCUUUGAAGAGAUCUUGGCCCCUUCAGCAGUGACUGGCAAACCACACAGUGGGCCCGCCUCACCUCCUGGGACGAUCACUGCGGAACCCGUGUUCCUGGCGGUUUAAAAAACAGAGUGGGUAUGUGGUUAGUGGCUGAUGCUCACUCUCUCAUAAGCUGUUACAGCAGUUCUCCUUUUUCAUAGAGUUUGAAUCAUGGACCAUAACUCUUCAGUGAUCAGAUCGACUAAAGAAACACCUGUCAAGCCUAAUGUCCUGACCUACGUGCCGCUUUUCUUUUUUUCAGUCUAGACAUGUUUAGAGAGGAAAAUUGACAAGAGAAACAGGGAUGGGAGAUGGGAAUGAAGGCCACAAUUGCUGGGGGCUUCCACAGCCCUCUGUCAACACUCACUUCACAGCUGCCUCCGGUUUGGGAAGGAAGACCCAGGCUCAACCUGUCAGCAAGAACUGACGGGGCUCAGGGGCCUCUCGGAACCAUCAGAGCCAGGGUGGUCCUCAGCAAAGACCUGCGUGUGGAGUUCCCAACAAAGUCCAAGCCCUCCUGGCCCCGCGCCUGGGGCCUGGCUGACGUGGUGGACAUUGCUGGACAGGUCCUUGUGAGAAGGUUUUUAAAGUUCUGUAUUUAUAUCCCCAAACUUGGAAACACGAUCUCUAUGUUAGCUGAA